CCGUACGUGUCGUAAGAGUAUAGUCCGACAGUCCGCCGAGUAAACCACGACGCCGACACGAGGACGUAUUUUCAAUAAAAACUACGUUAUUUAAUAUUAUAUUUUAUGUUUACUGUAUGAUCGUAGUAUAACCACACCAAUAUCCGUGUAGUGAUCGGCUCAGAUAUAAUAUUAUCGUUGUCGUUUUUGAUCUAUUUAAAUAAUUAUUAUUGAAUUUUAUUUUUUUCAUUAUUUACUGUGUAUUUAUUGUUUAUUUUUUUUUAACACUUGAUGCUUUUCGCUUAAAGUUUUUCUCGAAUAGAGCGUUUUGGAAUUUUUUUUUAUACAUUCGUUCUUUUUUUCUCCCGCGUGCGUUAUGCCUCGUUCGCAACGAUGAUAAUAUUAUGUCAUUGUGAUACGAAUGAUACAACAUUGUAGGUGCAUCAAGACUAUCGAAGAUUACAUGAAGGCAUGCGCUCGAGGCGAUUGAUGCACACGUGCUACGGCUGCCUGCAGUAAUCGGUAGUUAGAACACCCUGGAGAAGAAUGACACGUCAAUUACCGUCAUGAACUUUCAUUCAGUCGCUGAUCUAUUGCCAUGGAUGUUGUUGCUAUUUUCCUCGACCGGCUUCACGUCUCCCGUUCCAAACAAGGAAUUCGAUUGCAAAGGUCGAGUGGAACGGUGCGAGAGGAAGAAGGCGGCCACCAGGAGACCAGUGUGCGGCACUGACAAUAUUAGCUAUCCGAGUAGAUGCGCCUUGCUGCGAGUCCGAUGCUUUAAUGAUUCGUUGUUGCGUGUCAAACACCGGGGACGAUGCAAAGAAAAACAGCCCUGUUGGGUAGAUCAUACUACGAAAUCAGUUGAUCCAACUCGAACGCCGGACUCAUAUAUGCCCAGAUGCAAAGCAGACGGCACAUACUUCCGGAUUCAAUGCCAUAAAAAGGAAGGAUAUUGUUGGUGUGUAACACCUGCGGGAAAAGUAGUGUCCAACACCAUUGUUCGAGGACAAAAGCCCAAAUGUGAUAAUAACAGAGGCAAAUGGCGUAGAGGUUCUUUGCAGAAAGGAGGUAAUCCUAGAAGAGAAUGCAGUAAAAACGAUAAAGUAAUAUUUGUCAAUAAUUUAAUCAGAAUAUUCAAAACGGAGUACAAUCGAGAACAAUAUGCAGCAUUAAUAAAUGGUGACCGUUCGCUGUUGGACCCAAUUACGUUGGAUAAACGAGUCACUGAAUGGAAAUUCAAUAAUUUGGACACAGAUAAAAACGAAAGCCUUACUAGAAUAGAAUACAGAGACUUAAAGAGACUAGUCCGUAAAGUGGUAAGGCCCAAGAGAUGUUCCAGGACGUUUAUCCGCAACUGCGAUACGGACCAUAACAGUGUAGUGUCGAAAGUCGAAUGGACAAAUUGUUUAUCGAUUGACGAAACAUUGGGCAAAAAGUCAUCAACAACCUCGACUACGACGACGACGACCACCACCACCACCACCACUACAACUACCACUACAACGACCGAAAUUCCCUCGUCGGAAGACUACGAAGACAAAGAGGACGGUGGAAUCGGACUUGAGGAAGCCGAUCCCGAAGACAUACUACAAGAAAGCGUAGCUACGCUUAGUGGUACUCUUCCGGGUUUAAUGGCCGAAGGUGACCAAGAGGAAGAGGCUGAAGUUAACGAUUGUUUAAUAGACAGGCAAGAAGCAUUAGAUGAUCCAUCGUCUUCGUCGCAUAAAUACAUACCAGAAUGUACAACAGAUGGAAGAUAUAAACGCGUUCAGUGUUACAAAUCAGUCGGUUAUUGUUGGUGCGCACAAGAAGACACCGGAAAACCAAUACCAGGAACCUCGGUAAAAGAUUCUAAUCCUAAGUGUGAUGGUAUUCCUUUACUUUCCCGUCCAAUAAAAGGCUGCCCCGAGCAUAAAAAACAUAUUUUUUUAAAAGAUCUCAUGGAUUACCUAAAACAAAAACACAGUAAAAACAAUAACACGUCAUUUUCUAGUGACUAUGAAUCGAUAAUCUCAGACAUUUUUCAUUCUUUGGAUACAAAUCACAAUAAAGUGUUGGAGCGAAAAGAAUGGAAGAGUUUUCGUGAAGAAAUGGCAGCCAACAACAAACUAAAAAGAUGCGGAAAAAAAAUGCCUCGACAUUGUGAUGUUAAUCGUGAUAAUAAAAUUGGCUUCACAGAAUGGUUAAAUUGUUUAAAUGUUAACCAUGUUCAGACUCAAACACAACCCAAUGACUCUAACACAACAAUAAUUGCUAAAAGAAGAGGUCCUAAUCCACUUGAAUCAUAUCUAAAGGGUGAUGACUAAACCAGAUGGCAGACGGUCAUGUUCUGAAAUAAAUAAAAAUAAAUAAAAUACAGCAAAAUUAAUUUUUAUUAAGACUGUAAACUAUGAUUUAACAGCUUGAUCAUACUAUUACUAUUAUAUUACAUAUAUGAAAUAUGUAUUGUAUAUUAUA